AUGCCGGGCUCGGGCCGCACGCCGCGCAGGAGGGAAGGGCGAGGGAAGGGCCGGAACGCGUCCCCAACCCCGUCCGCCGGCCCGUCGUUGUGCGUUUCAGAGCCGCCGGAGCCGGCCCGGCCCGAACCCGAGGAGCCGCGUCCCGCGCUGUGUCCGCUGCGGGUCCGGGAUGUGCGAGAACUGGCGGUGCGGGACGAGGAGCUGCACAGACUCCACGCUCCUCGCCCGCCCCGCGAUGCCGGGAGGAUCCUGGUCAGGAGGAAAUUCCUCGUCCGGAAACACCAGCCCAGGUUGGCCAGGAAGGCAGCGCAGCUCCUGGUGGCACGGCCGGCCUUCACAAGGACAGCCCGGGAGCCGCCGCGCUUCUCCGGACCGGCACCGUUCAAUGCGGGCUGUGAAGAAAUUCUUCCUCACCACGUGCUGGGAAGUCUCCAGGAGCUGGAGAUGGAAGCCUUGGCCAGAGGAAACACUCAGAUGGUGGAUCUCAUUCAGGUUCCUCGUCAACGUGUUGCUGCAUUGUUAAAAGAGCAGCGUGGAGGGGAGACAAAGAGAAGGUUUCGUCAGAGCCCAACAUCAGAACACAAAGCUCUGCAGAACUGGCACCGCAAUAUGGCAAUCAGGAAGAAGCAGGAGAGGAAUCUGGGAGAAAUUCUUCAGAAGCCAGAGAAUGAGCUGCUGAUGAGCAUCGUGGAGGGUUACAGACAGAUCCAGGAAGAACGGGACCUCAUUGACCGUAAUCUCGCUGCUCUGCUUCCUGGGAAGGGCUACCGAGUAGGAAGUGAGUUCUGGAGCCAACCUGAGCGCAUUGGGGAUGAGCUGACGGGUCUGACGGUGACACUGACACGGACAGAACGGGGCUGCCCUGAGCCUGUCACCCACGUGGGGAAGCCCCACACUGUUAAGAUGGAAACAGAUGAGAAGCCUCCAGAGAGGAUCCCGUUCCGUCUGACCUGGGAUAAGAGCCUUUUCCUGAAGCAGCGGCGGCAGGAACUGAAAUGUAUCCUAGAGGAGCUGGGUUUUUAUAAGCCAGAUCUGGAUGGCCUGGAGGUGGUUGGCAAAGGGCGGCCGCUCACGUCUGUCUCAGCACUGUCUGUUCCAUUUUCCAUUGCUUCUGAAGAGUCUGAGACCUUCAGUGACUCCUUAAGGGACAAUUGCAGAGAGGUUCCAGAGACAGCGCUGGGUCCAUCCUUAGACUUCUGUGGGCAGCCUGCACGUUGGAUCGACCGCAUCGCUUCUUGCAGGGAUGAGGUUGGCAUCGCUGCCAGGAUCACUUUUGAGACCGUGGUUGGUGAGAAAGCUGAAAGCUUCCUGACAGUGAGCAACGACGGCACGGCUGCUGUCUGGUACGACUGGAGGAGGCUUCCCCAGCACAUCCCUUCCAGAGGAACCACGAGGACACGGAUGCGAUGUUUUUACUUUGAUGCCAGACCAGGUGUAAUUCUGCCUGGAGAAACCAGGAGGUUUUUUUUCCUUUUCAAGUCUGAGAGAACCGGCAUUUUCAGUGAGUCCUGGGAGCUCAGGACGCAUCCUCUGCUCUUAGGAGGAGCUCUGCUGCAGGUCACCCUGUGGGGAAUUGCUGUGUGUGAGGAUAAAUUGGCUGACCUCAGAGAAAAACUGGAGGCUGACCUGGCUGCUCGGGAGGGUGCUGUGAUUGUAGAAGAGACUCUGAAGGACCUUCUUGUCCAAAUUCGGACCCCGGAGCGCAGCCCAUCUCCCGUGGGGGUGUAUGUCACAGACGAAGAGUUAUUCCACAGGAAGAAUCCCAAGUUGCAUUAUCAGCAUCGAGUGGUGGAGCAGCUGCGUGACCUAUGGAGACAGCACGUGGCUGCUCCAUCAGCCUGCGGGGAGGAGGUGCCCUCAGACCAGGAGGGUGCUGUGGACGGCUGGAAGAGCACAAUCGAAGUGACUCCGAGUCAAGUGGCAAAUGUGGAGGAGGAGGAACCCAGCGCCUCAGGGUGGAACUUCUCAGUCGAGGACUUGCAGCAGGCUCUGAAGUCCAUCCCUCAGGAGGAGCAGCGAGAAGCAGCGCUGUGCCAGCUCAACAAGGCGGUGCUGGAGCUUUGUGCUGAGCAGAGGCCAAUUCAGUCAGACCUUCUGUAUCAAACCUGUCUCCAGCUGUGGCGUGAGGCGGUGGAUGGGCUGGUGGGUCACUCCCUGCGGUUGAGGUCCCAGCUUGGAUUUCCUGAGAAGGACACCAGCGGGGAUGAUCUUCCAGAGGGAGGAGGGGAAGAAAAGCAACCUAUGGAAAGAACAGAAGGAGACAAAACAAUUGGGAAAAAAGAAGAGAAACCAUCAGUUGGUGGCAAGGAUAAAGAGGACAAAAAAAGAACGAAGACUGCUGGAAAAGAGAAGGAGGAGCACCCAACCAGCAGGAAGUCAAAAGCAAAAGAGAAGAAGAGGCUGAAAUCUCGCGGCUCGUUAGAGAAGGAGAUAGCACAGCCCAUAGAAGCUGCAGCUCCGGAUCCUGUCACACUUCCUCAGGAGCAGAUAGAUCCCAUCAUAUGGGCUCUGUACCAGGAGAAACUUUAUGUUGAAGUUUAUGGGCUGCUGGACUCAAUGGUGAGCCAGAUGGUUUCCUUAUUAGAAGAACUAGAACAAAACGCUGUGCUUUAAAGUGGGAGAGUGAAGCUGUUUGUAAGUAGAAAUAGUCUCAAUAAAUAAAGAAAUAGCCACGCUUGCACAAAGGCAGGUGGAUGAUCUUGCUGU